AUGUUGCAUAAAAAUUCUUCUGGUGGUCCUGAAAAGUGUGUGUGUAGUGAUGCACAAAAUGAUAAUUAUAACGUGUACCGAUAUACUCGUGAAGAAAUGCUGAAUAUGAGGGAUGCACCAUUAAGUCGAGUGCGUCCUCAAUACUUGUCUACCGAAUUUGAUAACGAUGAGGGGAAGUUUGAACCGGAAAAGUGGCUGGAAUAUCGUUGGAUUUGUGAGGGAGUGGAAAAUCGCCCAAAUAUAAAUAUAAAAAGAAAAGAGAAACUGAAGGUUGAAGCACUAGAAGGCGAUACAACCGUUCUUUCUCCGCAGAGGCGAGGUUUUUCGUCCGGAUGUCGUGCUGCGUCACCGAUGAAGAAUGAAGCAGAAACGGAAAGACUCGGUGCAACUAAGGCUAGUUGGCGAAGUGGUGCUGGUUUUCAGUUGAAGAAUUCUGGAACGGAGUACAAGGCAUCAUUUCACAAAAACGCUGGAAGCAGUGAAUCCUCAUUUGUAAGGACCCGCCAACAAAAUGGUAGCUUGACGAGUAGUGCUGGUAACUGGCGUUCGGGCGAAACAUCAUUUAAACCAAAUUAUCAGAAAGAAAGCAGUCAAAGCCAGAGAGGCAAGUCUGCAGAAAUGGCAGACGAAAGAAUGCCGGAGUGGCUCAAUGAUGGUCCAACAUCGAUGCAUGAUAUGAUUGAACUGCGUGGUUUUGAUGACGACAGUAAGAUUAAACGUGAUUUUUCUCAUAGACCGAAGAGACAAUCAGUAAGGAUGGAACAACAAAGUGAAGUUUCUGGUACAAGUGAGUUGAACGAAAGUUUGACUGAUGAGAAGACUGAUUCAACAGAUUGGAGGCUAUCUUCCCAGAUUGGUAGUAGUGGUUUAGGUCGAUCCCCAAAUGGUAAAUCGACUUCAUCGCGUAUUCAAAACAGUGACGAUAAUAUAUCAACAAAUCUUGGUUUGUCUUUUGCAAUGGCUGAGGACAGUAAUUCAAUGACGCCAGUACCUUUGCUAAAUGGUAGCUUGCCAAAUUCUGAUGCUGAAUUUGCUGCAAUUAUGGGUAUUCUCGGUGAUGCGGAUUUAGAUUCACUAAAAGAGAACGAGCUUAAAUCACCAGCAGCGAAAGAACCAACCGGUAGCAGAUUGUCACGUUUCUUCGCUACAACUAAAUCUGAAGAUUCCGAUAAUUCAUGCACUAGUAGAAACGAACCUUUGCAGCAGAGGCAUGUUGUCCCUUCUUCGUCCUCCAUUUCUGACUCUUCACAAACUCCAGCAUCGAUUUCUGUUCUCAAUAAGAUAUUUUCAAGUACCUGUCAACGACCUUUUCACUCGCAAUUUCUUCCUGAACCGCACGUAGCGCCAUCAGUACAAGGAAUUUUGAGAGUUGAAGAUUUAGAACGUAAUUUCCAGAAGGAAUCAGCUCCUGGAAAUCCAUCUACUCUUUCUGUUGGUGCUGAUAGUUAUGGAAACGUAAUAAAUAGCGAACAGCUCCCAUCCAAUUCUCGACAAUCAUAUAUAAGCCAGGAUGUACAGAGCUACUGCGAUUUCUAUGUUUUGUGGCGAUGGCAGAAAUGUUGUAUUGAUUUGAACCAAUUUUUGCAGAACUACUUAGAAACGAUAAAAGGAAAUCCGCUUGGUGAUCCGUAUCAACAAGCUCAUCUUAUGAACAAACUAAAUAAAUUCGCGCGCUUGCAAAAUGGAACUACGGAUGACGUGUCAUGCAUGACGGAAGACAAUUUGACAUUUCCGUCCAAAAUUUCCGUGGCUCCAACACAUCAUCUGAAUUCGCAAGCACCGUCUCAUUCUGUGGUACCUCCAAUUUUCUCUGAUGUUACAUUUCAAGCAGCUUUUCUUCGUUCGCAAUAUGAGAAGGCAGCCGCUUUGCAUGCACUUGCUGCUAAUCAACGGUCAGCGCUUGUUUCAAGUGCACAAACAGUCGAUAAUACUAUUUUGAGGCAGGCUUUGACGAAUAUAAUAGGAAAUGGUGCAGUACCACAAUCGACACAAACACGGCCAGUAACUGCCAUCGCUCCAACUCCACGGACUUCUACAACAGGAGUGCUUCCGAAUUCCUUUAUGCCAACGUCAGUGAUGCGACAGAUGACCAAAAACAGUAAUACGUCGAUGACCACUGAAGAAAAGCUUCGUCAUUCUAACAUACCCAUAUGUUCUACACAGUAUAAUGCUGUCAAACAAAAUAUUGUUCCGGAUCAUUUCAACGUACCUCAUAAACUUGUUGGUGAUGCUGUUGUUAAUAACAUGGCUUCAAAAAGUGCAGCUAACUUGAUGACAAGACUUGCUGUACAGCAGCAGUAUGCUCAAGUGCUUGCAGCAAUGCAAAAUGGUUUAUCAUUGAAUAAUUGGCAGUCGAAUGCGCAAAUGACUGCUUCAGUGCGAGCACAAGCACUAGCAGCUCAUGCGGAGCAUCAACGACAGUAUGCGCUAGCAGCGAUGCGUGGUGAUUUGAAUCAAGCACAACUGAUUCGUGCACGUUUCUUAUCACAACAAGCAGCAGCUUUUGCAGCUUUGCCUAAUGUUCCAGUAGCGCCUCAUCCACACCAUGUGGGAGCCCCGUUAACUAUGCAACCGGUAGUGACAACAGCACCAAUUCCGAUGCCACAAAACACUCAAGCUCCUCCAUCCUUAACACAGUAUAAAUAUCAGAAUCCGCUAGAGAAGUUGCUUCAGUCGGCAGGUGUACCAGCUAACAGAGGUUUACAGCCACCAAAUAAGGAGUCUCGUCAAGGUUCAUCACUGCAAGCGACAACAGCAGCAAAUGAUCUUCCGUCCAUAAUAUCGCGUCUCCCUCCAACUGCUAAUUGUAUUAGUGUCGAAGAGCUUGAGAAACAGUUUGCAGCAAAUUGA